AUAAACUCGGAAACUCCAAAGAAACAGAUUCGCUCCCUUCUUGGCAACGUCUUCCCUUCUUUCUGUCCGUCGGUCCCGGACGCCAGAACUGCCUCCAUCGGACCUCACCUUGCGAAGGAAUCCGACCAGGACCACAUCCUUCCCUUGGCCUGAUCUGACCUGACCUGAUACCUGGUCGCAUCCUGUCCCAAUUCUGGGCUUAGCUUCUUCCUUCCACGAGACCUACUAAGAUCUAGUUGCAUACGGUAUCCUCUCCUCGACAACAACAUGCAUCACGAGCGAACACGACGGUUUCGGCAGUGAGACUAUACCGAAGACGAGCAAUACCAUCCAGGAUCGGACAUGGAGUCGCAUCCGCCACCGUUCAGGCGAUUCGCCUCCAAACGCUUCAAUGCGACGACUACAUCUACCGAGCCACAGCCUGGACCGCCAUCUGACGAUAUCAUCUCCGGCCUUUCCGACAUGAACAUUUCCAAGCACAGUUGGAUGUCACGGUCCAAAUCUCACAAACACCAUGACAGCCAUAUUCGAACACAGCCAGCAUUGCGUGAUGCGAAAUCGACAUUGGAUAUGAAAGCCUCGCAUCAGUCCCGCUGGCGUGGCGUUCCUCUAGCAUUUCGACCUUCGGAAUGGCUGGAGCCUGAGACGUCACGGAAACCGACGGCGCCAGAUCAUUACCACGCGAGAUCACAGUCAGCAUUGCCACCACGGACAUCACCGCCAAAACAGCGUCGGCGACCCGAACCUCUGCGAAGCACAUCAGGAGGAUGCCGAGAUCCAACGUGUGUGACGAAUUCAGCACCUCUCGCAGCACCUCUGGUAUUCCCUCAAUACAGUCCAUACAAUGACACGACGAAUUUCAUCUCUUCGCCGAAGCCACAGCCGGUCUCGGUCCCGAACAAGCCUUCCGAAACUCGUUCCAGCCAGCGACACCCUCCAACUACGCCGUCCAAACCUCUCAACCAUAUCAACCUACAUCACCACCUCAACACCGCACUUCUCCACCUCAACACCGCACUUCUCCACCUCACCACCGCACUUCUCCACCUCACCACCGCACUUCUCCACCUCAACACCACCCUUCCCCUUCACAACCCCUCUCUCCACUCAUCAUCACCCCUACAACCCGCACCGCAAUCCAGCACAUCGCCCAAAUGCCCGAAGCCUGGUCUCUCCCUUCCCGGCCACGAUCGCCUCCUCACCGACCCUCCGUCUCUCCAUCCCGCAACGAUGAGGCGUGGCUGA